AUGCCGCCUCUGCCCGGCUUCUCCGACAAUGGCUUCGCCCGCCGCACCGAGGUCGUCGCAGCGUCCAAGGCGCUUCUACAGCCUCUCGUUGCAUACUCUUCCAAAGGCAACGCUCGUGUCAAGAUACCCAUCACAUCCGGCGCUCACUUUGACGACGCCGCCGCUGAGCUGGAAGGAUAUGCACGCCCACUCUGGGUGGUAGCGACGCUGCUCGCUGCUCAGCCGCGCAGCACAGGCAAACAAGACUCUUCGGACGACUCUCUUCUGGGCCACUGGAUGCGAGGUCUUGAGAAUGGUGUCGAUCCAUCGCAUCCAGAGUACUGGGGUGCCAUCGGGGACUGGGACCAGCGCAUGGUUGAGGCCGAGGUGAUUUCCUUUGCCCUGCUCUCCGCGCCGGAGUCCUUCUACAGACCGCUGAGCGGUACGGCCAAGUCCAACGUCAAGGCCUGGCUGAAGGGCCUGAACGGCAAGGUCAUGCCCGAGAAUAAUUGGCGCUGGUUCCGGGUCUUUUCGAACCUCGCGCUCGUCAAGGUGUGCGGCGAGGAAUGGGCCGCCUACUGGCCGCUCAUCAAGGCAGACCUCGAGACCCUUGACAAGUUCUACAUUGGCGACGGUUGGUCCAGCGACGGCAUCUGGCGCCCGGCGACGUCGGAUCCGACCAAGGAGGGAGUCGGUGAGGAUGCCGCGCGGGGGCGACACGCGGACUACUAUUCCGGCAGCUUCGCCAUCCAAUUCAGCCAGAUCUUGUAUGCCAAGUUUGCCGCGGACCUUGAUCCCGAACGAUGCCAAGGCUUCAAGAAACGAGCCCAUCAAUUUAUUCAGUCAUUCUGGGCGUACUUUGAUACUGACGGCGCCGCAGUCCCUUUCGGCCGCUCCUUGUGCUACAAAUUCGCCAUGGGCGCCUUCUACGCAGCCUUUGCUUACGGAGACCUCUGCGAUGACUCCGAUCCCCUCACCUCGCACGGGGCCGUCAAGGGCAUGCUCCUCCGCCACCUGCGCUGGUGGGCUGCGCACUCCCACGACAUCUUCUGGCCCGACGGCACGCUCAACAUUGGCUACCUGUACCCCAACAUGUACAUGAGCGAAAACUACAACUCGCCACAGUCGCCCUACUGGGCCCUCAAGUCCCUCAUCGUCAUCGGCCUCGCCGACACGCACCCCUUCUGGGCGGCGCCGGAGCUCCCGCACCCCUUGCAGCACGGCGGCGCAGGUAUAGUUGUCGUCAAGCCGGCGCGGCAGAUUGUCUGCAAUCACACGAGCGGCGGGCAUCACUUCCUGCUCUCGUCCGGGCAGUUUUGCGUCUGGCCGAUGAAGGCGACCAAGGCCAAGUACGCCAAGUUUGCGUACUCCUCGUCCUUUGGCUUCAGCGUCCCUACGGGCCCCCUGUUUGCCCAGAUUGCGCCGGAUAGCACGCUUGCGCUGUCUCGCGAUGGCGGAGAGGCCUGGACGCAGAGGUGGAAGUCCGUCGGAGACACGGAGUUCCCAGUCGUGCCCGUGCAGGGGCAGGAGGCGGGCAUCACGGCCAUGGUGAGUCGCUGGAAGCCGUGGUCAUCCGCCGGCGUCACCGUCGAGUCGACAGUCAUCCCACCUUGCGAUAAAUGGCCCGACUGGCAUCUAAGAAUACACCGUAUCCGAGCCGAGACUCCCCCGAACGCAUCCCUGUUUGCCGUUGAGGGCGGGUUCGCCAUCUUCGCGCCAAGAAAGAGAGGCAGCCGCCUCGUACAAGUAGCCAAGUCGCCAAACGUCGAGCUCUUGUCCUUUGACAACCUGGGUGAGGAUGGCAUGGCCGUCGAGACUGCGCGCUCCGCCCUGGUGAUCUCUGAAGCCGGGGCCAGCGGCAUCGUCGACCUGACGCCGCAGACAAACAGCGCCGAGGCCCGCGGCGACGUGUUGCGUCCGGAUCCCAACACGAACAUCAUGACGACAAAGACGAUGAUACCGAACAUCCGUCAUGAGAGACUGUCGUGGGUGUCAGGGGAGGCAGUCAUUGUCUCGGGCAUCUUUGCAAUCGCUGGCAAGCAAAGCAAUGGGGAUGAAAUAAAAUCUCGAUGGCUGGGACGGCCAAGUCUUUCGUUCACAGGAGACGGAGAAAUUGUACUAUCAUAG